GUGACGUCACCUGGGUGGUCUCCUCACUCUCCAGGAGCUCGCUAAAACACCUGUGGGCGCUCGCGUGUUUCCGGCCCGCGGGUCCCUGCUCACGUGGCUGCAGCCGGUUUCCAUGGAGAUGCCAGGAGCGGCGGGGCCGUGAGGGUGGAGCCAGGGUUUCCGUGGAGACGGGCCCCAGCCGCCCUGGCAGGGUCGAAGCAUGUCGGAGACUUUCUGGGAAUCGGAGGCAUGCUCACGGGCGGCGGAAACGCCAUUCCCUCCUCGCUCCGCUUGCUGGGCGGGAGUAGUGCCUCCCUCGUUUGUCGUGAACCUCCUGCUUUCUCUUCUGGCGGGAAGAUCUCGGCGUUACGCCCUCCGCUUUACGGAAGUGGGAGACCCGUGGCCGUACGGCGGAGGGCGAGCGAAACCCGGGGGCAUCCGAACCCCGAGCCGCCGGGCUGGGGUCGCCCGCUGAAGGAUUUGGGAGCGGGGGUGGAGGAGGCAUGCUGGUGGCAAGGGGGGCUGGACCCGACCAUCUCAUGAGAUCCCUUCCAGCCCCUAAUGUCUACGAAAUCUAUGAACGUUAAAUCUGUGCGCACGAGCGGGUGGUUCCUUCUGGAUUACAUCGCAUCGGGCAGGAAAUCCACACGCGAUUCGCACUCGCCGUCCCUUGCGUUGUUGUGGCUGGUCACCGUUUCUGCUGGCACGGCUUGCCGCCGGGCGGGAAGGUGACGUGGUCAGUCUCCUUCGGCGUUGGCGUUAAGGCCUCCCUACAAGGAGCCUGCUCCUGCAAAGUGCUGGGUGCCUCCCCUCUCUUUAAUUUUACCAUGUGGUAUCAGCGUCUCCUCGGAGGACGUCUGUCGGCUCAAGGAGGGCAUCUCUGCCCUUCCAGAUGGCUCCCGAAAGCUGCUGUGCUGUUUUAUGGGCUGUGCCAUUUUCUUCGUAGCCAUUGAAGCUGGGAAAGUGUUUUUUAAUAAAGGUGGAAGGAAGGGUAUUCCCCGGGUACUGAAACGGCGAGUGCAGAAGGCAAGGGAGAGAGAAACGUCCGGCUGAAAGAAGUCAGCAGAGGAGCUGACUGGGCCGCAGCCAGCGUAGGAUAAAAAGAGGAGGAAAGAUUGUUCCCUUUCACAGACAAGCUGCACGAGAUGACGCUGAACAAAUAAUUGGCUUCUGUUGGGGUAAACAUUGCAGUUGGACUUGGAAGUUAAAUAUUGACGCCGGUCCAGUAUCAGACUGCCUUCCAAGUGAAGGUUUUAUUGAUGUGAGGUUGAACUGUUAAACAAGGCAAAGGGAAAACCAGGAUUUUCUUCAAGAGUCAGUAGAUCCUGAUUAUACAAAGUCAUUAUGCGUCCUGUCGUGCACCUGAAUGCCCUCCUCUGCUGUGCAAAUUAAACUCUUUGUAAGCUAACAUUUUAAAGAAAUAUUAAGUUAGUUGACAGGGGGAAAAAAAAAAAGUAGACUUGCUGGCUGCAGACAAGCUGAUUGCUCGGGGAAAUCUUCGACUUGCACCUUGAGCUAAUGAAGGCUGCUGAUCGCUGAAGCCGAAUAAAGACAGAAUGUCCCAAUGGUAUUUUUAGAGCCAUUUUUCCAGCUCUGAGUCACUUCUGCUAAACUGUAUGUUGUCAUCCUUGAAGAGCUGGCUGACUUAUUGGAGGGAGCUAUUUGCAUGUGUUCGGGUCAUCUGUCACAGAAUCGCAGACAAGGGGGGUGGGAAGAGACCUCAGGAGGUCACGUCUGGUCCAAAGCAGAGCCAGUCCCAGCAGGGCUUUAUCAAGCUGGGCCUUAAAAACCUCCAAGGAUGGAGAGUCCACCACCUCUCUGGGUGACCCGUUCCACCUGACUGACUUGUGCCUCGGUUUGUUGUUCACAAAGUGUCAGUGCGGGUUACUUUCUUGCUUGUGUUGUUGCAAAGGCUAAUGUUUGCUAAUGAUCACAGGAUCGUUAGCUGCUCCAGGCGUUUACCAUUUGAGGUCUAGCUCCUGCAGGGUGCCCUUGAGAGGUGCUCCGCGUCCUUCCUGUGCAGUGGCUGCAGCAAGGCGACUUGCGCGCAGGGACUACACCCGGACCCAGUACCACAUCCAAUAAUGCCCGUGGGAAGACUUAAUUUGAUUGCAGUGGCCACUGGUGGAGGUCUGUGGGAGCAAGCCCACGGCUGUGGGGAGACGGUUGGAUGGUACAAUGCUGUUCUUCAGCCGCCCUUUCACCUGGCUUACCCAGACAACACCCUGGCUUUCGUUGUCCUCAGCACACCUUCCAUGUUUGACAAAGCCUUCAAACCCUUUGUGAACAAACAGCUGCUGAAAAGGAUCCGGGAUCCAGUGGACCAGUGCAUUUCUCAUCACUUAUCACUUGUGAAAGAGCACUUCCCUGAUGAGAAGGUGCAUAUCUUUUAUGACUAUGAGAUGUUGCCAAACCGGAAACCCAAGUUUCUGGCACAGACAGCUGCCCACGUGUCUGGAGCAGCAUAUUAUUACCAGAGGAAGGACGUGAAGUGUGAUCCCUGGGGAGAAAAGAAGAUCUAUGGUGUGUGUAUACAUCCCCAGUAUGGAGGCUGGUUUGCUAUCCGGGCUAUCCUCAUAUUUCCAGAAAUUCAGGUGCCGUUCCUGGAGCAGUAUGCCCCUAUCGACUGCGUGACCACAGAGGAGAAAAGAAUACAGUUGCUGGAGAAAUUCAAUUUCCAUUGGCAGGACUGGAGCUACAGGGAUAUCAUUGAAGUGAAGGAACGAUACUCAGAGGAGCAGAAAACCUACUUUGCAACCCCUCCAGCAGAGCGUUUCAAACUGUUGGGUCUACAAGGAGGAAUCCAAAGAAAUGAAUUUUACUGAGUUACACGGUUCAGUGUACAAGGCAGGGAGUGAGCAAAGUGCAGCUUGCAAGCCCCAUAAUCCUUUUUCUUAGCUGUGAAAAGGGGAUUUGACGGUACAGGGAUGACACCCCCCCAGCAGCAUACGCUCCAGCUCAAUCCAAAAGCUGCCUUUUCAGGUCAAAAUGGAGCAUUGCAUGCCAGGGUUUGUCAUCUGACUGUACGUAAUCAGGAAGGUAGCUGCAAGUCUGCUCCAAGUUAUUGCUAUUUACAAGCGUAUCCUUCUGGACCCUGGUAAGGUAUCACCUGGCUUUCAUUUGGGCAGAGUUUAGGAGCCCUCGAGGCUGGGACAUUUAUGCUGCUUUUUGGGAAGACUGACUAUUUUUGAUCUGGGGAGACUUUUUAUUUUAUUUUAUUUUAUUUAAUAGUAAGGAAUUAUUUAAUUUUCAAAAAACUGAAUGUAAAACAGUUCGUCUCUGGAUGAACUCAGGGCAGAUUUUUUUCCCAAACGUAUAUCUAGCACUUUUACUGCCCUGGGAGAUGAUAUCACGGGGUAAAUUGUUUUAAAGGGCAUGCACCUUGAAAUCUAGUCCAGAAAUUUAACUUAAGCUAGUUUGAUUGUGAGUGGACCCUGUUUUUUGUCUUGGCAGAGCUAGAUGCCAUGCUUUCGUACAGCUGGAGGGCUUUGGUCUUUUCCUGUGUCAGGAAGCACACACACGCACACACAGUGAGCAAGCUCUCUGGCUGAAUGCAUCUGUAAGUCAAUAUAUAUGCCGUCCCAUGUACAGAGUAAUAAGCAAGCCAAGAGAAGAAGAGUUUGUACCUCUCUGGUUCUUCUGUUAUACUUGCAUCCUUGCACAUAGCAUUUGGAGACCGAACUGUACCUUCAUUUUUUUAUUUUUAAAUGGCUGUCCUGUGAAAUUGAAUUAUGCUUAAAGGAGCAUGGGAAAUGGGAGAUUAAUAUAAAUGUAUACUAAAGCUAUAAGUGAAACCAAUCUCUAUACACUAAGCCAGGGGUUCCCAACCUUUUUAUACUGCAGACCAGAAAUGACCGUGGACUGGCAAACUGCAGACCAGCAGCGACCAGCAUACGACGGGCCGGCAGCCAACUCUGUUUUAUACUCAGUUGGCUGCUGAUCUGCAGUGUGUUGGUCACUUCCGGUCCAGCAGUACUGGAUUCUGGCCCGGGGGUUGGGAACCCCUGCACUAAGCUAAUAAUUUAAAGUUAUAACUUGAAGGUUUCCAGUCCUGAAAGCAUCAAGCACUGGGUCUCUUGUUUGUAAUUUAUGCUGUAGUUUUACAUUAUUUCUGUGGACCUAGACAUUAAGGUAGACUUUGCUGUAAGAAUUUGAUUGUCAGAAAUUCAGCAAAGUUAAUUGUAACCUAAUCUUAACAGGUUGGCACAUACUAGCUAGGCUGAUUCAUCCAUUUCUUCGCCACCUUCUAUGUGUGCACAGCUCGUCUUGUUCAGUCAGUCCUGUUCAUCAGACCCUAGCACCCUCUCCACUGCCAGGGUAAGAACAGCUGGCUCUGAAGUUAUUUUAACUUUUUUAGCAUCUGCCUCUCACAGCAUUGGUUGGCAAGUUUUGUUGCUUCUCUGUCCUUUUUCCACACUGCUUAGAUCAUUAAAGAGCUCCUAAAAGAUGAGGGUUCACACCAAUUUUUGUCUACUGAGCAUUUUGCACCCUGUAACAAACUGAAUCCUUGCUCAUACUCAAGGAAAGCACUACAAAGGGCAUCAGUCAGGUUGAUGCAAUGAAGGAUCUUACCAUGAGUAAUGAAGAAUAUUACCAUGCAACACCAUGAGAUUGCAUAGCCUAAAUAGAGCUUAGUAUUGCAAGCCAGGACUUCCCACAUACUAGAUACAGUCUUCCAGCAUCUUGCCUGUGCCAUCCUGCCCUGCCAUCUCUCCUGUGUACUUUUAAACAAGUCACUCUAACAUGCUGUUCUGUCUUCCCCAGCUGCAAAUUUGGAAAACACUAAAGGUUUGUUGUUUUUUUUUCCAAGGCAAGUGUCCUCCUUCUGCACCAAAAAAUAUUAUCACAGACUCUUGAAAUGGAGCCAACAACCUUUGAUAUGCACAGUAAAAUCUAAAGAAUGGAUUUUGGCAGCACACCUCCAAAGCUGCUGCUAAGAUUCCUUGCACUAGGACUGGUUGUUAAAACUCUAAUUUCUACGAAAUUAAGUGGUACUUAAGACUGGAAUUUCAGUCUUCAUCAGUUUUGUUCACAUUCUCUUGCUGAGAUCACCUGAGCCAUUAUUUACCUUGUCUUCUGCCUUACUCCCUUUCCCUCUUUAGCUUUCGAAGAGGGAAAACAAGAACACUUUUUUCAUUUGAGAAUUGGUCUGGCAGAUAUAGCAGAGUGUCUGGAGAUGUACUUACUGGUGCAUUUCAAGAGGAGACUAGAUGCAGCUGAAAAUCAUUGUGCACAAUAUGGGUUACAGCAUGAAUAUAUUUGCAUAUGUGCAUAGGCAGAUCCAGGAUUUUGUGGGAGCAGUGACCAGCACUGCAUGGGUGGCUGGUAGCCCUCUAGCCUCCCCACCAGGGCAGGCAGACCAUGCUGCAGAAGCAGCAUCCAGGGAUUUUGUUUUAAGUCCUUGACCAGGUAAGGAUCCCCCUUCUCAGCAUCCCUGUCCUUCCUCCCCAUACUCAGCAGCAGCCCAGCCCCGCCCUUCCCAUUGCCUCCUCCUCUGCCUCUGCUGCACCUGGCUGACCCCAGGGGUAAGGAGAGCCCAAAGUCCUCAGCAGCAAGAGGCAGGGAAGGGAGAGGAGAGGGAAGGUGCUGCUGAGAAUGAAAGGCAAGGGACCAGCCUGGCUGUUUCUUCCCAUGGCAUGGUCCAAAACGUGUGUGGUGGCACCGCUAGAGCUGCCCCUAUGUAUGUAACAUGCAUUAGGUGACAACUUAUUGUGUGGUACUGGAAUUUUUUUUAGUAUUUCAAUUUGAAAGUUUUAUUUCAGAAUUAUUUCUGGUUACGCUGUUACCGUGGUCCUUUUUUUUCUUAACUGAUGUAGAAUUGAAAUGGAGUUUACUAAAAGUUUGUACUAAAGGAUCCAUAUUGGUACCAAGAUCAAUGUCCUGGAAUACUGUCAUGUAGAAAGAAAUUGUACUGAAUUUACAACUUUUUUAUCAGCGUUUGACUUUAUAAAUGGUAAAUAUUUUGUGUUGAAAUUCACUCAUUAAACAGUUAAGACCACUGUUACAAUUUUGA